AUGAAUAAAACACUCUAAAUAAAAGUUUUGAUUGGAUAAAUCAAUAAUAACUAUGACUUCAAGGCAAACAUAAAUCGAAUAAACAUAUCCUUAUAAAAGUACUCAUCAAAAGAUGAAAUAGAUAUUUUAGUUCUCCCUGAAAUGGCUUUGAUUGGCUACUAUUAUCCUGAUAAAAAUGCUAUAAAGCCAUUUUUAGAAUAAUAUGGCAAAGGGCCAACUUAUGAAUUUUGCAAAUAAAUCGCUUAAAGGUUAAAAUGCUAUGUGUCUUGUGGAUACGCAGAAGUGGAUGGAGACAAAUUAUAUAAUUCAGCAGUAGUUGUUAAUAGAGAAGGAGAGGCUAUUCUAAAUGUUAGAAAGAAGCAUUUGUUUGAAACAGAUAAGACUUGGGCAGAUGAAGGAUAAGAAUUCAAGUGCUUAGAAUUAAAAACAAUUAAAGGUUAAACAAUAAAGUUUGCAUUUGGCAUAUGUAUGGAUAUAAAUCCAUGGGAAUUCAAAGACAACAGUAAGUUUGAAUUGGCAGAUUUCUGUUUACAGAACAAUGUGGAUGGUCUAAUAUUUAUGUCUGCUUGGAAUGAUCACGAACCUGAUAAUAAUGACAAUAAUGGCAUAUUGGAUUAUUGGCUUUGGAGACUCAAACCGAUUAGAGAUGGCAAAUCUAAUAAUUAUCAUAAAUAAUUUCUUUUUGUUUGUUCAGAUAAAGUAGGAAAGGAUGAGAAAACUUAAUAUAUGGGAUCUAGUUGUUUAAUCAAGUUAAACCCUGCUAAAUUAAUACAGGAUCUAGAUAAAAAGUAAGAAAGCUAUUUAAUAUGCAAUGUUUAAUUGUGA